CCUCCGGGCGGCGGGGCGCGGACUGCGGCCGAUCCAGGGCGCGGGUCGGCGGCCCGGCCAGCCCGGCGCGGCCCGGCCGGGGGCCGCGUCUUGAGCGUCCGCCCUCGCCGCUGCAGCCUCAGCGCCCGGCUGGCCGGCCAUGGAGGCCCCGCGCCCCCCAGCGCCCGGCCUGGGGUGCGGGCGCCUCCCGCUCCGCGCCGCUGGCAGGGACCCCGCGGCUGCGCCGGUAUCGGUGCCCGGGCCGCUGCAGGGCCCUGCCGGGGGCGGAGGCGGAGGCUUUGCGGGCUCGGAGUUCGCGCGGUCGCCGGAGCCGCGGGCCGCGGACCUAGGGGCCCCGGGGCUGUGGGCUGGGCCCCCGACGCGGUCCGUGCACGUCCCGGUGCCGGCGCAGAGAGCCCCCCCUGGGAAGUCUCGGCUGGAUGAGGUCAUGGCAGCCGCGGCCCUCACAAGCCUGUCCAGCAGCCGCCUCCUGCUGGGGGCCCCCAGUACAGCCUGCAGCCCGGAGCCCGGCUUGGAGCCCUGGAAGGAAGGCUUUGUGCGGCCCCCGGGCAGCUGCAGCUGGGGCUGGGACCUGGCCAGUGACCAGCCCUCUCCAUCCACCCCUUGGCCCCCACUGCCCCCUGAGGCAGCCCACUUCCUGUUCGGAGAGCCUGCCCGGAGGAAGCGGAAGAGCUCAGUGCAGGCCCUGUUCCAGUGUCUGUGGAAGCAGUGCGGGAAGGUGCUGAGCACAGCCUCCGGGAUGCAGAGACACGUCCGCCUGGUGCACCUAGGCAGGAGGCAGGCGGAGCCAGAACAGAGUGACGGUGAGGAGGACUUCUACUACACGGAGCUGGAUGCUGGCGUGGAGACACUGACCGAUGGGCUCUCCAGCCUGACCCCAGUGUCCCCUGCUGCCUGCGGGCCACCUGCUUUCCCCCACCUGGGACUGCCUGAGGCCCCCGCCCCGCCCCCACCCCCCGUUGUGGGCUCUGCAGGCCCCCCCAAGGUGUGCCGCAGUGACCAUGCCUACCAGGCGGGUGAGGUCACAGGCAGGACGUGGGAGCCUGUCUCUGGGCGCUCCCGAGGGGAGCAAGGCCACAGCUGUGCCUCCCCCCAGGACUGCCUGGGGCCCGCCCACCCGGAGCCGCAGCUCAGCACCUUCCGGGCCUGCUCGCCAGCCCUACCCUCCAAGCUUGGUGCCAGCCCGAGCACCCCAUGCCCACCGUGUGCCCCCAGGAAGCCCCAAGGCGAUGCCAGGAAAUGCCGGAAAGUCUAUGGCACAGACCGCCGGGACCUGUGGUGCACCGCCUGCCGCUGGAAGAAGGCCUGCCGGCGCCUCCCAGACUGAGUGCUGGGCACAUGCCUCUCCCCCGCCAGCCGCUGCAGGGGACACGUCCCCCUCCCCCUGGGCCUCUACCAGCUGCAGGGGCUACCUAAUGGGGAAAGGGAAGUUGAUGACCCUGGACCCCCAGAGGUUGGGGGGUCCACACCACUCAAAGUGCCUCUGAAGAAACCAGCCUUUUGCACUAAAGCCAGACCGUGCGCUGUGCCCUCAGCCCAGGGUCCCCGGGGAUGGCCGCCCUCCCUGCCAGUGGCCUGUGGACUCGUCACGGAUGCCACUGGGCCCUGCUUCAGGGCCACGUGGGCCAGUCCACAAUGCACUUUGAGGGGUGUCAGGGAGGAGCCUCCUCCACCCGCACUUAACCUGAUGGUUCAAGGGCCCUGGGGCCUGACCUUUGUACCAUGUUUUUGAAGCUCAGGUGUCUCAUGUCUGGGCCACGCCAGAUAAGGAGAAAAAUUAAAGAUUUGGGGUUUUUCCAGAA